CCCUGGCGCACGCGUCAGACAUCGCAGAAGGACAUGCUCGUUGCUCCCCCACCCCCGCCCCCCACCCGGAGGUCGGCACGAAAAAUGCAAGCCAGGUACAUGUACAGUACAUGUACAGUACAGUACAGUACAGUACAGUACAGUACAGUACAGUACAGUACAGUACAGUACAGUACAGUACAGUACAGUACGCACGAUACGCGUAUCGGUGUGGUUGCAGUGGAUUUCGCGGGUUCGGAGGGGCAAAAUCCGAAUCCAUCCACACUGUUGUUCUUGGCAACCGCAAUAGAGCCAUCGCUGUCGUUCGUCCUGCCAUCCCGGUUCCAACACUACAUGUUAGUGACUCGAUGAGCGUCCCGCAAGUGCAGUGCCAUCGAGAGAAGAGAGAUCCCCGUGUAGCUGCAACGCAACACGCUAGCAAGGAGGGGUCCGGCAAGAAGACCACCAUCGAGAAGAAGAACACGUACCACAGGAGCCGUUGCUAGUACUACUAGGAAUAGCAGCAGCAGCAGCAGCAACAACAACAACAACAACAACCGGCUCGGCGAUGGGAUUCCGAAUCCGCGAGGCCCCCGCCCAGCAACAACAAGACAAACGGCGUCGUGGCAGUCGCAGUGGCAGUCGCACCAAGCCGUCCGCCCUCGUGGACAUCACGAACCGGGAUCGCCCGUUUUGUCGCCGUCCGUCUAGAACCAGGGCCGUGGACGAGGAUUUUGAUGCGGAGGUUUGCACCGAUGCGGAUGUGGAUGCGGAUGCGGAUGCGGAUCCUUUGGCGUGCGACCCGGACCCAAGCGGAGAACGAAGAGGAAAACCGAGAAGCACCACGACCACGUCAAAGUCCACGAGCGCCUCUUCUUCUUUGCUCCUUUCCCCGAAAAAUAUUACAACGAGAAGACGGAGGAGAAAGGCAGCAGCAGCAGCAGCGGCAGCGACACCGAGAGGCUCUUCUUGCGUCGAUGGAUUGCGGGGCAGAGAAAAAGAGAAAGUGCGGCAGCAGAAUUCCCCGCAUGAGCAAUCGCAAGAGCAACCGCAAGAGCAGCAGCAAGAGCAGCAGCAAGAGCAACCACAAGAUCAGCCGCAAGAGCAGCACCAAGAGCAACGGCAACAGCAACGGCAACAGCAGCAGCAGCAGCAGCAGCAGCAGAAACUCCAGCACCAACAGACACAAGACCGGAAGAAGCAUCCCGCCAAAGAGGCCGCUUUCUCGGCCUCUCCUUCCACCGGAGCGGAAUGCUUGUGGUCUCCGCCUGCGACGGCGGCGAACGAUAUGCCACCACCGAGCGACGAGCUGACCGGUCGCAUCCUCCGCCACCGGUCGGGGCGGGGACCCCCGGACGCCCGCGCGUUCUUCCACCGCUGCCGCCAACCUUGCGAGGGUGCCCCCCAACCCCACAAGCGAGAACGGGGAAGGGACGGAACCAGAACCAAGGGCAAUCGGCGGCAUUCCUUGUCGGACGGGACCCCGGUCUAUUCCUCCCUGCCGGUCUCGACGAAGGAAACCAUAGCGGAAAACGAAACCGAUACCGAAAACGUGCAGCUGCUGUUUGUCGAUAGAAGCAGCAUUGGUCCCCUCGCCUCCUCGUCUCGUCCGGCGGGCACCAGAAGCGAUUCUACGGAAAGCUACAGAAGCAGCAACCACAACACCAACACCAACACCAACACCAACACCAACACCAACACCAACGUCAACAACUGCCCAUUUGCCCAUGUCAUCCACGGCGGCGACCGGGACAACGAUAGCGCGAUCGAGGACCGAAUUCGCAGGUGUGGUGCAGGGGACGGUUGGUGGUGCACGGACGAAAACGAGAACGAGAACGAGACAAAGAACCCCAUUGUCGCGGAAGGAUGCAUCGAACACGAUUCGAAACAGAUGUGCAGCAGGCGCCGCAUCCUUCCCGCGUCUUGCGAUUCCUCUUCGUCGCCAUGGGAUCACCGACGGCGGUCCCCGCCUUCAACGCCCCUCGCUGCCGAGACGGCAACGAACCAGGCAGGCAUCCACGGGGACGCGCCGGCACACAACCCUGCCGGCAGCAGCAAACGAAAAAGGUCCGGAGGGGAAUCUCCUGGGAUAGAACCACACGCCGGGGGACCAUUCACCGGGAACGGAAACGAUGCGGGCAGCAGCAGCAGGAGGAGGAGGAAGAACAACAGCGACAAAGACGGCUGCGUUCUGUUCAAGGACAUCAUCGGCCACCAAUCGGCCAAGCUGCGGCUCGACGAGGUUCUAUUGCCCCUGGCUCUGCCGGCAACCAUCUCGGAACACAUACUCAGGGGGAUUCGUUCCCUGCCGGCAUCGAUUCUUUUCUACGGCCCACCGGGCUGCGGCAAGGCAAGUAAUAGUUGUUGUUUAGGCUUAGUUUGCUUUGUGCAUAUGAGUCGUUUUCCGAUCUCAGGGAAUCGCGACUAAUCUCCAAACGUUGCUGGUUCUCUAUCCGCAAUUCUCGAUCUCCAGACGCAGCUGGCAAGGGCCCUGGCCGGCGAGGCCCGCGGGGCCUUUCUGUCGAUCGGUCCCGGCGACAUUCUCAGCAAGUACGUCGGGGAAUCAGAGGCAGCGGUCCGCUCCGUUUUUGCGGAAGCCCUCCGAAUGGCCAGGGACCACGGAGCACGACGCGGUGGGAACCCCUGCACCGUUCUGUUCUUUGACGAGAUCGACGCCCUAGGGUUGUCCCGGGGCAGCCAAUGCGGCGGUGGUAGUGGCAGCCGCGGGGGGCCGAUGCCGGGAGGUAGCGGUGCCUACGGCGACAAUCCAUCGCGGCGGGUCCUGGCAGAGCUUCUCCUCCAGCUGAACAGGGUCGAUGCAUCCUGUGUAGAUCCCGGCUCACCAGGGGACGGAAUCGAGUCCGGCGAAGAAGAUGCCGAGGACAACCAAUCAAGUUUCUCGUCCAGCCCUGGAAGAGAAGGCAACGAUCCAUUUCCGGACGCGGACAGCGAUUGGACCAUGGUGCACCGAGAAAAUAACGGUGUCGGGAAUCCAUACCAAGCCGAGCCACCGGGAGAAAAAUCUCCGAUCAGGGAUCCCGCGCCACGCAUCAUCGUCGUGGCCGCUACCAACCGUCCCGGGGACUGCGAUCCGGCCCUCGUCCGGCGCUUUGCGAUACAGGUCCCGGUGGGGCUGCCGACGCAACGGGACCGCACAAAGAUGCUCCGAACCCACGUCGGGGACAUAUACCACACCCUGACCGAGCGGCACUUCUCGGAGCUCUCGCUGGCAACCGAGGGCUGGUCGGGAUCGGACCUCCAGAGGCUCUCCCGGGAAGCCGCCAUGGCACCCGUCCGGGAGUGCAUACGGAGGGCCGCGCUGAUGAAACGGCGGAACCAACUUGCCGCAGGCCGCCGCUGUCCCAGCGCUCCCCCGUUCGUGCAGGGCGAGGGGCUUCCGAGCCAGCAGCGACCUUCCGGAAGCAGCGGCUCGCUGCUCCCACGCGCUUGUCCCCGCAGGCAGCAGCUCCUGGAGGAAUUCCGCAACCUCCGGCCCGUGGGCCUCGGGGACUACCGGCGGGCCCUGGCCCUCUGGUUCGGCGGAGCGUGCGAAAGCCUGCACGGAUUCCCCCCCGCGGGACCCAAAGAGACCGGGAGUGGCAGCGGCCGCAGCGCCGGCGGCGGCUGCCGGAUCGAGCACUACGACAGCAGUUCCGACGAAGAAUCCACCGGGGACGGGGAUCCGCAAGACGAGGGCGAUUGCCACCCUUGCUCGUAGUCGGAGAUGUCCGGUCCGAGUUUUUCGACCAG